AUGCGCGAGGCAAUCUUGAUUGUUACGUUUUGGUUUGUGUCUGGCUACGCGCUCCCCAUCGACAAGGAUUACGGUAAUCUUUGAUGGAUUAUUUUUAGGUCUACUGUAAUUUUUUUAAAAUUUAGAUAUUUUGAUGCUUUGCUAAAUCUCAUGUGCUAAGUUUGACCGCAUUAGCAUUUUUGACAGUAAGGCCAUAAUUAUUACUGUACAUAUACAACUAGUCCCUAAUUAAUGAGAUGUUAUUUAGCCUACGGAAAACUACAAAAAUGGACAAAAUGUAGUUUCAGCUACAGAAUCUACGACAAAUACUACCUGUUUCGAAACGAAAAAGACUUCCUCGAUUCCAGGUAUUACUAAUACUCUUUCUUGUUGCUAUUUAUAACAUUUUUUAACUUUUUAAUUAGUUGGCGACCUACCAUUAUGUUUGAAGUUCAUUACUAACGUUCAUACUCAACAAAUUGAAAUAUUUGUUGUACCAUAUGAUACAGCCUGGUUUUUAUACAAAUGCCAUUACUUUCAAAACCAAGUACUUACCGUAUAACGUAAAUCUCUUGUUAAUUUCUUCAGACGAGCAAUUAUAAAAGCCCUAAAUCUAUGGGAAUCAGAAAGCAAAGUAAUUAAGUUUUACGAGCUAUCAGAUCAACAACUUCAACCUGACAUUGACAUUACGUUUGCCAUGAAAGAACACAACUGUACCGAAGCCUUUGAUGGUGCUGGUGGUAUUGUAGCACAUUCGUCCUACCCUCCGCACGGUCUGAUACACUUUGACGCCGAAGAAGUGUGGGCUUUGGACGAUAAGGGGCUGAAUCUGAGUUACGUGAGUCUUAUAUUAUAAAAGCAAACAAUGUUCGAACAGGUGGCACUGCAUGAACUUGGACACGUGCUGGGUUUAAAACACUCCGACGAAAGCAAAUCUAUUAUGAAUCCCGUUUAUAAGUAAGUUAAAAUUGCUUACCAAGCCAGUUAAGAGAAAAGCAUACAUCAUUUGGACAUUUUUUAAUUUUAAAAAAUUAAUUUUCGAACUAUUUUUAAACAGAAAAUAUUAAUUUGGACUAAAAAUAGUAAUUUAUAGGCUAAAAAUGUAAAUUUAUUGAACUUAUUUUUGCAUUAGUAAAAUAAUACUAUAAUAGAAAUGGGGCAGACAAGUUGAGUGGCCAAGAUAUCCGAAGACUCCGACGACUCUUCUCCAACUGUCACCGAGUAUAA